AUGCGCACCUCCACAGCGCUAGCAGCCGUUGCUUUGGCACAGUCUACAUUGGCAGCAAUCCAGCCCAGGAAUUUUAUCUUCAUCGUCCCCGAUGGCAUGGGCCCGGCUUCUCAGACCCUGGUCCGGACGUAUUUGUCUAUGGUCAACGGCGACUCAACCCCCCGGGCACCAAGAAUCAAAUCGCUUCCUCUUGAUGUUACUGUUAUUGGAAACACCCAUACACACUCUUCCAACAACCUAGUGACUGAUUCUGCCGCUGCCGGCACUGCUCUUGCAACUGGCCACAAGACUAACAAUGGAUUCAUUGGAGUUUUGCCUGACGGCAAACCAGUUGGAUCUGUCAUGGAAGCUGCAAAACUGGCCGGUUACACUACUGGCCUUGUUGUGACUUCACCUAUCGCUCACGCAACUCCUGCAUCAUUCUUCUCCCACGCAGCAAGCCGCAAUUCUCUAGGCCAGAUCGCAGAGCAGCUAGUCGGGUAUAGCCACCCCCUCAAUAUUAGCGUAGAUCUGAUGCUCGGUGGCGGACGCUGCGACUUCCAGCCCCAAAACGAGACCGGCUCCUGCAGAACUGACAACAUCGAUCUCUUUUCCUACGCCAAGUCGCAGGGCUACUACACCGCCCGAGACCGUGCCGGCUUCGAUGCCCUCGAGCUUGGUCUUGGCGACAUUCAACUCCCCUACGUCGGCCUCUUCAAGGGCGGGGACCUCAGCUACGAGGUCGAUCGCCAGCAACAAGCCGCCGAAGUUCAGGAGCCAUCGCUAUCCGAGAUGACGAAGGCGGCACUCAACUCGCUCUCGCGCGGCAGCGAAUCCAACGAUAAAGGUUACUUUCUCAUGAUCGAAGCAUCGCGUAUCGACCAUUCGUCCCACGCCCACGAUUCAGUUGCGCAUCUCCACGACGUACUAGAAUUCAACCGUGUCACCGACAUCGUCAGGAAGUGGAUCGACGAACACCCCGAUACCGCUUUCCUCGCUGUUGCAGACCACGAGACUGGCGGUAUCACGCUCCCAUCCGGACACAACCCUCAAGUCUUGCAACCCGGAAAGCACUCGGUUGAGUACCUGAGUGAGCAGUGGAGCAAGUACAAUGGCACCGAUGCAGCUGGCUUCCUCGCCAAUGAGAUUGUUCCUGCGUACGGCAUUACCGAUGUUUCGGAUGCGGAGAUUCAGAGUCUGAUUGCUAGCGAGGGCUUUGCUCAGACGUUGGCGGAUCUACUAAAUGAGAGGGCGGGGCUUAAGUGGUCGACUGGCGGGCACACAGGUGUUGAUACCACAUUGUAUGGUUACGCUGUUGGGGAGAUAGGCGAUCGUCUAGUCUUAGAUAUGGCUGGAGGUUGGGAUAACACUGAUAUGCCCAAGUAUGUUGCGGAUGCUCUGGGUGUGGAUAUGGAUGAGGUUACCGAGCUGUUGAAUGCUCAAGGAAGAGCGUGGGUACCAGUGGAUGCGCCAGAACAGUAG